ACUGUUAUAUCGACUGAUUUAGACUAUCUACCGAUCAACAAUGCACUGCUGCAGCUAGUCAGCACUCCGGUGGUCCCGCCGUCCUCGUCGUCCACGUAUGGCAGCAAAGGGAACGGAGGUGGUGGUGGCGCUGCGCUUGGUGCUGCUGCUGCGCUCGCCAAUGGUGGCACCUCAUCGCCGGGGGCGAGCUCUCAGGGAGCGGUCUGUGGGAGCCGAAACAAUAGCACCACCAGCAGCAGCAAUGGCAGCAGCACCAGUAGCGCUAGUAGCAGCAGCAGCACCAGCAGCAGUAGCAGCAACAGCAGCUCCGAUGGUAGUGCGAGCAGCAACUGCAGUACCGCUUCCCCGGGGGGCAGCCUUAAGGGUAGCCCGGCGGCGGACCCGGAUCUGAGCUCCACCAGUGUCCAGAGCUUGAACGCGGACGAUCUGCAAUGCUACAAGACUGCCAAGUCCUGCAUCGAGCAGCUGGCACUCUACCUGAAGCCAUGCCCGGCGGCGUCGCUGGCCACGAGUGGCGGCGGCGGUGGCGGUAGCUCGACAGCGGGACAGAGUGCCGGUAGCAAUGGUGGCGGCGGCGGCGGCGCUAGUUUGCUGUCCCGCCAGAUGCAGCGGAAGCUGGUGAUCCUGGUGAACUGCCAGCUGAUCGAGGACGAGGGCCGGGCACGGUCGCUGCGUGCCGCGCGCUCGCUUGGCGAGCGCACGGUCAUGGAGCUGAUCCUGCACCACCAGAACCCGCAGCAGCUCAGCACGAACCUGUGGGCGGCGGUGCGGGCCCGCGGCUGCCAGUUUCUCGGCCCGGCCAUGCAGGAAGAGGUGCUCAAGCUGGUGCUGCUGGCACUCGAGGACGGGUCGGCCCUCUCGCGGAAGGUGCUCGUGAUGUUCGUGGUGCAACGCCUGGAGCCGCACUUUUCGCAGGCCUCCAAGACGAGCAUCGGGCACGUGGUGCAGCUGCUGUACCGUGCCAGCUGCUUCAAGGUGUCCAAGCGGGAGGGCGACUCGUCCCUGAUGCAGCUGAAGGAAGAGUUCCGCACGUACGACGCACUGCGGCGCGAGCACGAUGCACAGAUCGUGCAGAUCGCGACGGAGGCGGGCCUCCGGAUCGCGCCCGAUCAGUGGUCCUCGCUACUUUACGGGGACACCGCGCACAAGUCGCACAUGCAGAGCAUCAACGACAAGCUGCAGACACCGCAGUCGUUCGUGCAGUCGGUCCAGGAGCUCAUCAUCGCGCUCCAGCGCACGGGCGAUCCGGCCAACCUGUCGCCGCUCCGGGGCAACCUGAAGCACCUGGCCGGAAUCGACUGGAACGCGGAGAACCACAUUCCGAGCUGGUCGGAGUGUUCCGCCGCGCUGCAGGCCGUCAAGCGGGUCGUGGCCGGACUGGUGGAGUUUGUGCAGCACCACGGCAACCGGAAGCUGCAGGAAGCGGGCCACCUGGCACACAACCGGAACUACAAGAUUAGCCUGUGCCGCGAUCUGAACCACCGCGGCACGUGCCCCCGCGGACCGAACUGUACCUUUGCCCACUCGGAAGAGGAGCUGGAGAAGUACCGGACGAAGCUGCGCAAGAACCAUGGCGCCGCGCUACGCCCUCCGUUGGCGAACGGAAAGGAGGCCGGUGGUACGGCGGCGGCGGUCAACCGACCGCGAUCGGACCGCCUGAUGGACUACGGCGGCGAUGGUGGUGGUGCGAUGCAUCAGAGUUCGUCCUCCUCGCACGGGUACCACUCGUCGGGUGAGGAAGCGUCGCCGGUGCGCUAUCAAAAGCCACCGAUGGGUCACCAUCACCGGAUGGUGGACAAGACCCCGCUCGGGAGUGGGGCCAGUGGUAGCACUAACGGCCCGGGACACCAUAUGGGUGGAGGAGGAGCUGGUGUGUCCAUUCACGCUCUCGGCGGCGGUUCGGCGAAUCAAUCCGGAUCGACGAUGAACGGCGGUCGAACCGGGUACGGUCAUCAGCAGCAGCAGCAGCAGCAACAUGGAGGAACGUCGGGAGGAGGCAGCGGAAUGAACUAUCACCUCGCUCGUCCACCUCACCAUGGCCCUCCGGGACAGUCUCAGGGCGUUGGGCACCAUCACAACGCCGCUUCGAUGCGGUACCGUCCGCCCCAUCACAUGGUGUCGGGCGGAGGUCCCGCCACUGGAGGUGGUAGCGGUGGCAGCAGUGGCUACCUGGGAGGCCCCCCUCACCCGGGCAUGCUUCCCCAUCACUACGGAGCCAAUAGUAACCAUCACCACCACCAUCAUCUCCCGGCGGGCGCUUCCGGUGGUUCCGGUUAUCCGCCAACAGCACCGCAACAACCACCACCGAGCGGCGCACCGGGCCAGCACUCCGGUCUGGAGCAACAUCAUGGCCCACCGCUACCACCGCCACCUCCACCAGCUACCUCUUUGCACCAUGCACCGUUCCACGGUGGCCAAAGCAUGGCGCAACAUGGCGGAACGGACUUUCACGGAGCUUCCGGUUCGGAGAAGCAUCUCACCGACCAACAUCACCACCCGUCGUCGCACCAUCACCAUCAGCACCAUCAACAGCACCACCAGCACCAGGCUGGCCUGCACCAGGGCGGCCAACAACAUCAGCAGCAGCAACGCCGCGGAGCAGCAGGUUUCGGUGGUUGGGAAGGCCCCGGUGUGGCCCCCGUAUCAUCUCCGGGUGGAUCACUGCAACACCCUCCGAUCGUCGGUGGUCCCCAUUUGUCCGGUUCCUCGCCCCACUCGCAGCCGUCGCCAACGCCGCAGGGAAGCUAUCCUCUGAUGGCGCCACCGUUCGGCAAGAGUGGCCAACCGGGAGGUGGCGGUGGUGCGCCCAUCGCCAACACGCCCGCGACUGCCAGCUCGGUGUCUCCCCACGGAGUUCCCACGGGGAUGGUUUCCAAGUACGGUGCCAGCGGUGCGGGUUCUGGACCUAUGAUGCAUCAUCAUAGUCAACACUAUCACCCGCACCCUCACAAGCUACCUCCGCAGCAUCCAGCACGCACCGAUUAUAAAGACAAGCAUCACAACGGUGCUGCUGGUCGCAUGGUGGGGCCACCAGCCGGCCAUGCGGCAGCGGCGGCGGGACCCAUGUCAGCGUUUACCGCGGGUGCGGGUCGUAAUGGUGUGACGGGAGCACCACCACCAGCUCAUGCGCACUAUCCCGGCGAUCCUACGGCCUCGAAUGGAGCCGGUCCGGGGUCACGCAACAACGGUGCUGCAGGCGGUAUCUUCCACCCGAUGCCUCUGCAGUAUCAACGGGGCGGUGGCGGCGCACCACCACCACCGGACGCGGGGUACGCUUUCCCGAAGAUGCUGUUCGAUGGAGCGCCGGCGGGCAAGAAGCCUUCCUUCACGCAGCAGCUCCUCAAUCAGCACUUCAGCGAUCUCGGUCUGGCACCGAGCGCACCCGGCAGCGGUGGCACCGUUCCGGUUAAACCGGACACGUUCAUUCGCUCCGACUCGCUGCUGGCGGACGAUGAUGCGCUGCUGGUGGCGGAGCAGGACUUCGGCUCUGCCGCCCAGUACGGCCCGAUCUCGCGCAUGAAUCCGAUCGGUACGGAGCGUAUCGAUCUGGGACUGACGCCUCGGCCGCCUGGAACACCGAGAAGUACCACCGCCGGCAUCGGGGGACGCGACUGGUGGGCUAGUUCCGUUUCGAUCGGUGAACAUUCGCCAACCAACAGCAGUUCGGCAGCUUCGUCGCCAUUCUAUCACGGCACGGGAAGCACCGGCACCACCACCGGUGGCAACGUGGCCACAGCGCAACACCACAAGCAUCCAUCGGGACUCCCGCCGCCACUGGAACCGAACAACAACACGCUCGACUACGAUCUGCGUGCGGUGGACAAGAAGGGGGUGCUCGAUUACGAUGAUCAUCCGACGGGUGCGGUAUCGGCCGAUUGCUGUGGCGGUGAUCCUUCGGGCGGUGUCGAUACACUGCAGCCGCCGGCCGGCCCAAUGGUUGCCCCGGGUGAGCAAACAGGCUUCCUGCUGCAAUCGCUCGUCGGCAGCUCGCCCGCCAUGAGACCGUACACAUCGCAUCCGUACGCGUCCCCGGACGGCAGUGAGUCGAUCAAGCCGGACCAUUGUUCGUCGCCAGUACUUGCCGCGGCCGAUCGUACCAACAUCGACGAGCAUCGUAAGAUUGGCGACAUGAAGCUGGCGUCAGGAAUGCAGUCACCAGCACCGGGAAUGAUGCUGUCAACUUCGUCGAUUGUCGCCGGGGAGGUAUCAUCGGGCGCACCGACACCGGGCAGCAUGUGGAACAAUCUGCUCGAUCUAUCCAGUCUCAAACCAUCGACCGGUGGAGAUCAAAUGGAGCUGGUGGAAGGCAGUAACGCUGGGUGCAACAAUGGUAGCGGCACACCCUUUAAGCUUCAGACGAUGAUGGACACUUUCAUGGGCAGCAGCAGCAGCAAGGCAAUGUACGGCAAUCCGUCGUCUGCCGCUGGUGGUAUGCUAAGAGGGCCAGGAGAAGUCGCAAGCGAUCAUCAUCAGCAGCAGCAACAGCUGCCCCAUAGCUACGCCGCGCUCGGCAUUGGUCUGCAGCAACAGCAGCAUCACGAUGGUGGGGGUCGGUGCAAUGGUAACGGUGAAAUGGGACGACUUCAUGAGAUGCUGAAUGCAACGGCCACAGCCAACAGCCAACCGACGUCCCCAGGCAACGAGGAGCAACGCAAAGCCAACGCAUACAAGGAUCUGACUGAUCUUCGUGGCCAGCCACGCACUAACCCGACGACCGUCAUGCUAGCGUCGGUGACAUCGGCCUCAUCGUCUUCGCCUUCAGCGGCCUCCUCCUGUACGACCGCACCGGCCAGUGGUGGAAGCCUCAACCUGCACAUCGAUCCAACAACGGUUGCUGCCGCUUCAAUGUGGAACAACCUGCUAGAUUUGUCCAGCCUGAAACCGGCGGGAAUGACGGGAGGUGGUUCAUCGCCAGCGCUCGGGGCGGUAGUAGACACCGUCGGUGGUGGUUCGGCGGGAGCCUGCGAUAAUGGCGGUGGUGGCACGCACAUCGGUGUUAGCAGUAACAACAGCACGGGCAACGGUAGCUGUGAAGAUUCGUACGAAGCGGGUAUUGCGGAUGAUAUGCGCGAGUUGGAGCUAAGACUCGAGACAGAGCUGCAGCUCGACGAGAACGGUAUAUAA